GAAAUAAUCUACUAUUAGAACAGAAGAAAGUAAGUGUUCGCAUGAAUCAGAUAUUCAAAUCUUGCGUAACUAAUUGUAAUAAAUAAUUGGAAAUAGAACAAUAUUAAUAAAAUACGUGAUCGCAUCUAAUAAGUGAAAAACUUGAUAGAGACAACAGUGUAAACAGCAGGCAACAAAACAAGUAGAAGGAACCCAUAAAGCAUAUACAAACACGACACCUGUGGAUUGUAAAAUAUCGCAGUAUUGGGGUGUUUUCAAAAACAGGAACAUGAGCUGCUUAUUAAAUUUCGAUGCAGUAAACCAGUUAAUGGGCAAACUCCGCCUCUUUUUCUGGUGCAAGGCAAACUCGUCUCACAUAAGCCAAGAAGAAAUACUAACAGAUGUGGCAAAAUCAACUCUCAUACCAACGGCUUUUGUCAAAUUAGAACACGAUGGCAACUUACACGAAAUAAGAGUCAUGAUUAACACAUCCCGAAAAGUGACUGCAAUUGCUGAAGAGCUGGUACAAAAAUUGAAGCUACCAAUCACAUACGUUAAAUCUUCUCCUAUUUAUAAAAUCACAAUAAGAUCAAAAACAGAUCCGGACUGGACUAUCGAAAUUAACAGUGUCAGUAGAAAUGAAUUACCGAAACAGCCAUAUGAUGAUAAUAGAAGUGGCGAAAUCGUCAACGAAUUUGACCACUUACCUCUGGCCGACCCACACUUCUACAAUACCGCUAAAGUAAUGAUGGAACUAGGAGCAGACGUAUACUCUCGGCUUAUAAAACCCGAAUUUUUUAAAUCCCAGAACGGAAACUUUAUUGCACAGGACACCGCACUCGGUUUCAUUGUAACUGGUACAAAUGAGGUUUAACCCCAAACUUCAUAUUACAAAGCUUUCGGCAUGUUUAAUCCAAAUAAAAAUACAAAUAAAUUAUGAAAAAUCGCCCUUCUCUAGUACAGGGGGAGAAUAAUGCUAAGCACAAACAACCGCCACACUAUUAUAAUACAUACAGCAUACUAAAUAAAUAGUUGAUUUCUUUUUAAAUAAUCAAACCAUGGAAAUGUAACAAAAUACAUACAUACAUAUACAUCAAACCAUGGAAAUGUAACAAAAUACAUACAUACAUACAUAUAUAUAAAUUGUACUAUAUAAUCCUUAUUAUUAAAAAAUACAUUGAUU